AUGACAAAUUCUUCGCUUUCCGCUGAAAAAGUUGAUCAUCAUACAUCAAAUCCGUCUUUCUCUAUCUCUUGCUCACCAGAUUCCACAUUAGAUGAUCCCACUUGCGAUCUCGAUAAAAAUAGUGAACAGCCGACUUCUACUAAUUCUGUUUCCAAAUAUGAACCAUCUGAUAAUGGAGGACCAUGUGCUACAUCACCUAAUGGAGCUUUGUCUGCUACAUCGCCUGUGGCAUUUACAGGUCAUACGUCUCCAGCCAAUGUAUCAGCAACACAAUCACCUUCUCCACAAGUGAUGGAGCAUCCAACAGGUCCGUCUGGCACAUCUUCAUAUAGAAUUCCAUCUGCCGUGUUUGCUAGAAGUAAGUCGUCAACCCCAAUGGAAUGGAGUGUAUGUUCUAAUGAAUCUUUAUUCAGCAUUCACACGGGAAAUAUGAGUUUUAGAAAUGACCCCUUCUCUUUGCCAUCGGGUGAAUUGGGUCCACCGGGAGAAGUAUCUACAUCCGUUCAGAUGUUUAAUUACUCAACUGUCCAAGCUCCAAGUACUGAACCCAAAAGUCAUGAGUUUCGAAUGGCGAAGGAAAGCAUAAAGGAAGUGAUUCGAGAAAGUGAAGAUCAAAAGAACGAAAACUGGAUGCCAGAGGAAUGCAUAUCUCGUCAUUCUCGAGGGAGUAGAACAAGUGCCAAAUCUUUUGCAUUUCCAAUAUUGGCAGGAGACAUAGACCAUUGUGCUUCAGAGAGGUUGGCUAGUUCAGUGAAGGUAGCUCUGGAGCAUCAGGAAUCUCAAGCACAGCCACUGCAGAAGCAAGAGCCCGAGUUGAGCGCACAGCCAGAGCCAAAAACCUCCACAGAAACCAAAAAAGCAGCUCCAUCCAAAUGGUUUUCUUGGUUUACAUGCUGCUCAUUCUGUAGGUGA